AUCCAACCACUAUAUAGGAGAGGCCCAAAACCAAAAAGGUUCCAUUUUUCGAGCGUUUGAUUUCAUAUUUUGCCAAUCUCACUUUUGGGUUUUGACUAAAGACUAGAUUUUUUUAUUUUUAUUUCUUUUCCUUCAAUAGCGCCUCAGUUCGUGUGUUUGAUGCUAAAACAACAAUGGCUUCAAGCGCAUCGAGGUUCAUGAAGUGCGUGACUGUGGGCGAUGGCGCUGUUGGCAAGACCUGUAUGCUUAUCUGCUAUACCAGCAACAAGUUCCCCACUGACUAUAUACCAACUGUGUUUGACAACUUCAGUGCAAAUGUGGCGGUUGAAGGAACAACAGUCAACUUAGGCCUUUGGGACACAGCAGGUCAAGAAGAUUACAACAGGCUAAGGCCCUUGAGCUACAGAGGAGCUGAUGUAUUUGUGUUGGCAUUUUCGUUAGUUAGUCGAGCUAGCUAUGAGAACAUACUUAAAAAGUGGAUCCCUGAACUUCAGCACUUUGCUCCUGGAAUUCCUUUGGUACUCGUUGGCACCAAACUAGAUCUUCGUGAGGAUAAGCACUAUUUAGCUGAUCAUCCUGGAUUAGUUCCUGUUUCCACCAUCCAGGGAGAGGAACUCUGCAAACAAAUCGGUGCCUCGUGCUACAUUGAAUGCAGCUCCAAAACUCAACAGAAUGUAAAAGCAGUUUUUGAUGCUGCUAUUAGGGUAGUGAUCAAGCCCCCACAAAGCCAACGGGAGAAGAAAAAGCCGCGAAGAGGAUGUUUCGUGAACAUGUUCUGUAGAAGAAAGUGCUUGGAAUGAAACGUAUCGAGCUCGAAUUCUUUGUUUGUUUUGCUGACAAAAUAUGCUCUCCAAUUUAGCAACCGGAAUACUAUAUAGCCGAUUAGUUCCCUACAUGUUUUUAACUUGCUUUCCAGUGUUUGAUUUGUGAUAAAUUAACUGUGCCUUUUGAUGUUGUUUGUAAAGAUAGUACUGUUAGCAACUACAUAGGAGGUAUAAAUAUAUUACUGUUUGUGUUUUUCUUCUUUCUCCAGAAGGUCAACAUAUUUAUACUGCAAAUAAUUC